AUGCAGUCAGCGCCAAAAAUGCGGCUGUUGGUGCAGCAGAUGAAGAGGAGGAUCAGCUGGAGCAGCUGCUCAAUGAUGGCAUACUCGACAAAAAUAAGCCCCGUGGAAAUUUCCAAAAUCCUGGAGAAGAAAUUUGAGAAUUUCGAUUUUAAGACUUCCGCAAAUGAAGUGGGAUAUGUGUUAAGUGUAGGAGAUGGUAUAUGCAGAGCGUUCGGUUUGAAUAAUGUGAAGUCUUCAGAGUUGUUGGAAAUUCAUAACAGUGAUGCUUCUGCAGGGGGUGGUGCUUCAAGCAUCACAUAUGGUAUGGCAACGAACUUGGAGUACGACAAUGUUGGGGUCGUUAUAUUUGGUAACGACAGGAACAUAAAGGAAGGAGACAUAAUAAAACGAACGAACAGGAUUAUUGAUGUGAGUGUUGGUCCUGAGUUACUGGGUCGAGUGGUGGAUGGGUUGGGUAAAGAGAUUGAUGGAGGGAAGCCUAUUCAGACAAAUGAAAAGAGGAAGAUUGAAAUAAAGGCACCCGGAAUUAUUGCACGUAAGAGUGUAAAUGAGUCGAUCAUUACGGGAAUAAAAUGCAUUGACAGUUUAGUGCCUAUCGGGAGAGGACAAAGAGAAUUAAUUAUUGGGGACAGGCAGACAGGAAAGACAGCUAUAGCAGUGGACACAAUAAUUCACCAAAAGAAUAUAAAUGAACAAGUACCUGAGAAUGAAAGAGUGUAUUGUAUUUACGUUGCCAUUGGCCAGAAGAAGAGUAACAUUGCCAAAUUGGUGAAUUUAUUAAAAAAGUACGAUGCGUUGAAAUACACCAUCAUUGUAAAUUCCAGCGCAUCUGAUGCUUCUCCUCUUCAGUUUUUAGCUCCAUAUACAGGUUGUGCUAUGGCGGAAUAUUUUAGAGACAAUGGAAAACAUGCGUUGAUUAUAUUCGAUGAUUUGAGUAAGCAGGCAGUUGCAUAUAGGCAGUUGUCUCUUCUUCUGAGGAGACCUCCAGGAAGAGAAGCUUACCCAGGAGAUAUUUUUUAUAUUCACUCGAAACUCCUAGAGAGGUCUUCCAAAUUGAACGACAAGCUGAAAGGGGGGAGUCUUACCGCGCUGCCCAUCAUAGAGACGCUAAAUAAUGAUGUGUCGGCUUACAUACCUACCAACGUCAUUUCUAUUACGGAUGGUCAAAUAUUUCUUGAAAGUGAAUUGUUUUACAAGGGGAUCAUCCCGGCCAUUAAUGUUGGUUUGAGUGUAUCUCGUAUUGGAAGUAGUGCCCAGUACAAGUGCAUGAAGAAAUUAGCGUCCUCCAUGAAAUUGGAGCUAGCUCAGUUUCGUGAAAUCGUGGCCUUUUCUCAAUUCGGUUCAGACUUAGAUGCAUCCACGAAGAAGCUCAUAGAGAAGGGGAAAAUUUUAACGGAAAUAUUAAAACAGAAACAGUACUCCCCUGUUAGCAUCAGCUACCAGAUUUGCCUCAUUUAUGCGGCCACCAAAGAUUACCUCGCCAGCCUUACCAUUGACAAGGUGCAGGAUUUUGAGAAGCGCUACUUUGAGUACCUCGACAAUAACUACGCAGAUGUGCUGAAGAAGAUCCAGGGCAACUGCGACUUGGCCGAGGUGGAGUACCAGAUCAAGGAAAGCAUCGAGCGCUUCCUCGAGCUGUACAAGGCCGAGACGGCGUAA